AGCGCACUAACUUUGUAGGUCAGAACAACGAGUCAAUAUAAUGGAAAGUAUAUACAUAUGCAUAUUCAGAAACCUUUUUCUUUGUUUGAUUAAAAUUAUUAACACAUUCACCGAUUCCUGAUGAUUCGUGGCAGCAAAUCAUUAUCAGCUAAAACAGCAACGGCAGCGCUUUAUUCGCGGGCAGCGCUCGUACUAUUAUUGAUCACAACAAUACUAUCGGCAGUUUCCCAGGCGAUCAAUGUCGAUAUUCGGAGCGAUACUGAGUGCGUAUACUUGUCACGACGUAUCUGGUGCUAUGGAGGGCAAGGGGACUUCGAUAGCUCCUCAGAUAACAUGGUUUCCGUCAUUGCCGACAAGCCAUUAUUUUUCUCUCUAGAUCCAUCCCAAAACACAACACCUUAUGAUAUGAAAUUUACGUUUGUUGCCGAAAAUGACGUUGGUCCCAAUCUUUAUCAUACCUUGGUGGCUGUACCUACCCUCAAUACUAUUGUAAUGGACGGAGGCAUGGGACUUGGUGAUGGCACAACAAUUCCACAACACCGUACAACAAUCUAUAACACCGACUCCGGAACUUGGACUAAGAAUACUUCUUCUCCUCAUAUGCGUGUGUACGGCCACACCGCCACAUUGGGACCAAAUAAUACUAUAUACUUUUGGGGUGGACGCAGAGAUCAAAAUACUACGGGCGAAGAAGGUACACUAGUAGACAUUCCAUUCCGCAUGCAUUGGUUCAAUGUCGCAGAAAAUGCUUGGUCCCUUGGAAGUCCUGUGCACACAAUCACAGAGCGACGACAAUAUCAUGAGGCAGUAUUGGGAAAAGACGGAUCAUCCAUCUAUUAUAUUGGAGGAAUAAUGCCAAUGAGCAUAUUAAACCAGUAUGGCAUGACAGAUUAUCAUGAUUAUGCUGACGUACCAAUGAACGUAAUAACCAUCUUUGAUACCAAAUCGGGCGCCUGGCGAUCAGAAAAUACUACCGGACCAGUGGUCCCGUCGACUAGAAUGCGUCAUACACUAACAUUGAAACCGAGCACGGGAGAAAUCAUAUUGAUAGGUGGUAUCGGUCCACUUGGGUCCAGACCUCGAGAAGACUAUUUCUAUAUAUUGGACACAGACAAGUUAGAAUGGAGUAAUAGAACCAUCACGAUGGAAGAUUCAAGUGGGAUAACUAAAGGUGUCUGCGGCCACUCUGGUAUGUCAUUCUGUUUAUUUUUGCACUAUAAUUUUCUGUCAUUGCCGUGUCUUUUUGAAAAGAAGAGAGGCGGGAGGACCGUUGCAUAGUUGUAUGCAACAAGAUGUCAAUGACGACUUGUGUUAGUAAUCG